CUAAAACAAUUUGAAAACAGUAUAGUAAAAAUACCCAAAGGUGCGUCCAUAUGGCAGAAGAAAAUUUCAAUGCCGACGAGUUGACUCCUCCGGAGUGGCUGAAUGUUCGGUUCAUGACUCAGGUGUUGAGUGGCCACGAAAAGGAUUCGAACCUGAAGGUGACCAACUUGAGUUUCACUCCGGCCAGUGCCAAGGGCGAUCACUAUGCCAGCAUAAUGUUUCGCGCUUGGGUGGAAUAUACGGCGCAGAAUGGAAACUACACCAAGUCGCUUAUCAUAAAAACGAUGCCCGUGGAGGAGGGUAUCAAAAAGGAUAUGUUUAAGGAUUCUCCACUAUUUGCAACUGAGAUUGGAAUGUACAGUAAGGUACUGCCCGAGUGGGAGAGGAUUCUCCGAACGGCAAAGGAUCCAAGCAAGCUAUACGUGAACUGCAUCUAUCACAGUCUACGGCCACAUCAGAUUAUCAUCUUUGACGAUCUGGUCGAGAUGGGAUAUGCAGUUGUGCGCGAUCGUUUCCUCACAAGGGAGGAAAUCUGCAGUGCCUACUCCAAGUUGGCCAAGAUCCAUGCCAUCAGUAUGAAGUUCAUUCACGAGCAACCUGAGUAUCUGAGUGAGUUUAAGAACGGAUUGUGUGAAAUGCCCGGGCUGAUGGACAGUUCCAUUAUAAACGGGGGCAUGGCUCCCUUUACGGCAAUGUUGGGUCGCAUUCCUGAACUGAACAAAUACCAGCCGCACUUUGAGAAGAUAAGGCUGCACUUUAAGGACCGAUUGCGGGAGACCAUGCAGGAGUAUCGACACCAUCCCCAGCCAGGAUACAACGUUCUCUGCCACGCAGAUUACCAUUCCCGCAACAUGAUGUUCAAGCACAAUAGGGAAACUGGCUGCUUGGAGGACUGCAUGUUGCUGGAUUAUCAGGGCUGUAAUGUGGCUCCCAUGGCCGUUGAUCUUAUGUACUCCAUUUACAUGCUGAUGGGGCCGGCACAGCGAAGAGCGGAGCUGGAGACUUUGCUGAACUACUACCUGUCCAGCCUCCUAGAGACUCUCAAGAAGAUUGGCUACCAGGGCUCAAUGCCCACGCCUCAAGGAUUUUGGGCGGAAAUGAAACGCCAUAGAUAUUACGAGUUUCUACUGCUGAGCACUUUCUUGCCAGUUUCGAUUGGGUUGCGUACGCAUAAGUUGGACAUAGGGGAUAUGCUGCACAACAAAGAAACACAUAAGAAACUAUAUGAACUGGAAGAUUUUAUAGAAGAAACCAAAUCUAUAUUGGCCAGAUUCCAGAAAUCAAGAUAUUUUGACGAUUUGUAAGAAAGUGUAAGCGUGAUAUAAAGAGGAAUAAAUGCAGUUUGAAUUGGUCACAUACCAUUUAAAUACAUUAAUAAUCUGUAAGCUUUUCGUCUUCGAAACAAUAGUAAACAAGACCAUCUGUGAAAUGCAGUGAGUUUCAAAGAGCUUGAAAGCUCAAUCAAAACAUCGAAAAUUCAGCGAGCGUGAAUGUUUUUAG